AGCUGAGGGAAAGAAGCAAGCGACUGCUCGUGUGAAUGUUAUGCUUGGGUGUAGCACAUGAAGGAUGCAUCUCUGAUAGUUGUGGAAGCAGCUGAUGGAGUCGGCAAGGCAGUUGCGGGGUUUGUUUCAAAUGGUCCUGGAAAAGUGAGAUAGAGGUAGACGAUCCCAGAUGCAGAUCAGCUUGUGAAGGACACGCAGUCUGGUUCUGGACAGCGGGGAAAGAACAAUUGGCAUAAUGCACACCCAUGAAGCAAGAGGCUCAAAGGGAGAGGGGGGACCAGAGGAGGAGGCAUUGGGUGGAGGGAUUGCCGCGCCCCCCAGAGUUGAGAUACGGGUUCCCUAUGCUGAGGACCUUAAAGAAAUAUUGGACAGCGUGAGGAAAAUUGCAGAUAAUGAAGGUGUGGGCAAGGCAAUGGGGUCAGGCAAAAAGAAAGCCAUUGGUUGCAAGCAUGCACAGACUUGCGAUGCUAUUCUCUAUCUCCUCCGCGAGCUUCAUGGGUGGUUGGUGUCUGCGAAACAGAAGGGACUUAUCCGCGGAAUUAAGGCAGCGGAACACGAAGCACGAAGAGGAGGCUCGACGGAUGGCACAGCGAAGCAUAUCACAGGAAAGUGGAGCGGGUAUGAUGUCAUCUCCGGCGUCAUUGGACAUGUACGAGAAGUUAGUGGGGUGUUUGUGAAGAAGCAUACAGAGGCUCUGCUCACAGCCUGUUCUGAAUGCAUGGUUCUGCUCGGGCUAGAAACACCUCCUCUUCCUAAGGUAUCGGCUGGUGUACCAAAAUGGGUGCGAGACAAGCUGGGAACUGAGCAAGGCAUUGCAGAACUGGUGAAAGUGGCAUUGAAUCAGAAAGUGUACCCUGCAGAGUGGACGGUGAAUAAGAUGAAGGAAAAAUCGAUGGCAGCAACCGAGGAUGAAUUGGAUCUGGAGUCGGGCCGGAUUAGACUCCAAUGUCCAGUGUCUGCUCGGAGAAUGAAGGUUGCUUCCAAAUCCGUCCAUUGUGCGCACCUGGACUGUUUCGAUCUGCAAACUCAUCUGAUGCUAAAUGCACACCGAACCAUUUCAGCGAAGACGUGGAAGUGCCCUCACUGCAAACAGAGUGCCUCAUGGAACGAGCUUAUUGUGGACGCUUAUGUGCAGGGCAUCUUACGGGAAGCUGAGCGUGCAGUAGAGGUGCAGAUCUUUACGGAUGCGACCUGGCAGCCUGUGGAAGAAUCACGUCCAGAAUACUGUGGUGAGUGGGAAGAAUGCAGCAGCAGCUCGUCAGAGGAGCAUGGAGUGCAUCAAGAUCAGGGAGGAGAGUUCAGCUCCGUGAGGACAGAUAUGGCUGAAGGCCGAGUUCUGGAGGAACAAACUUCAGAGGAGACAGUAGACCCAGCUGGGCAGGAAGAGGAGAUUCCAACUCAUCUAAUAAGAAGGGGCAUGGCAGGGGAUUUGUGUGAUGACAGGCUUACCUCAACGCUGGAACGAUGUUCAAUUGUUGCAGCUGGACAGGUGAUACCAGAGGGAGUGAAAGAUGAACCUGUAGCAGAGGAAUACUCAGAUAGUGGCUGCAUAGGGAAAGAUUGCAGGGCAAAGGACCUGUGUGCAAUGCAGCCUCUCACGAUUGGCGAAGAUGCGGAUUUGGUAGAUAUCAGUAGACGCAAAGAUUUGGAGAGUAUGGAUCGAGUAUUCCUGCGAAAUCAGAUGAGGUCGGUGCUUAGUUCUGCGCUUCCUAUGAAAGAAGUGGCGAAACGGCUUAAAGAACUUCGAGAGACGCAGAUCGGAGCAGAAGUUCGAGAGACGCAGAUUGGAGCAGAAGAGGACGAGGGGCCUGAUUUAAGAACAACUGCAAUAGAUGGGGAAUCUCUCAGGUGUGCGGCUAGUAGUUCCGGAGAUGACAGGCUGGAAGAGCGAGAGCCUGGAGAAGUAGAACCUUGCAGCACAGAUUGCAUGAACAAGAAACAAAUGGGAGGAAUAAUGAAAUGUCCGGAUGAUCAGAGCACAGAGCGUUUGGGCAGGUGUAGCGGGGAUAUUAAAAGUGACGUCUGCCAAGAUCAGGGGACAGAGUUGAGGAUUUGUGAAGGGAAGGGGGACGGAAGUGCUGCUGGACGAGGAGAUCCGUCCUGCACGUCAUCCCCGAUUGUGAUAGAUUUGACACUUGAUGAUGACGAGGAUGAGGACGAGGAAGAGAAUGUCCCUGUUGUGGACGAAACUCAACAGGACGAGUGCUGGACAAGCAAUGAAAGCACUCAUCAAUCUGCUCUUCCUGGGUGCGAAGGUUGCUUAUCGACACAGGACAACGAUCAGGAUGCAUCGGGUGUGGCUUGUCUCACAACGGAGGAGAGGGAGGUGGGCAUAAGUGCCAUAUGGUCCUCGCAAAGGGAGGAAAGGCAGCAACUGAUGUGCCUUCAAGAAGACGUGCAGGGCAAGGGUGAGGGUUGUAUAAAUGUAGGAGUCAUGGACCAGGAGAAUGGGGUUCUGGCACAAGACAGGUUAUGGGUGCAAGAUGGGUUAGUAGCAGAAAGCAUGGGAAUGCUAUCGCAUAAGUCAAGUGACAGCAGCAUGGCUUCAAAGAGAAAAUGGUGUGAUGCCGCUACUAGUGGGCACUCUGCAGAUCAAGACCUCGACAGCUGUUCUAAACGGGGUUCAACGAGUGGUUGUCCACGUAGUGACAGCGAUGCUGACUGCGUGCUUGUGUUGAAAGACACACCGGCUGAAGCUGUCGUUAACCAUGCCAUUGUGAGCGAAGGGACUGAAUGCGGACGUUACUCAGACUCGGGGGGUAUCGGUGCGGUGGCGUUCAGUGUACCUAUCACAGAUCCAGUGGAGGAGGUUCUAAGCCCUCCUCCCCGCCCUCCUCCGCCGAAGAAGGCGGCACUUGUAGUCGAAACGGAGGGGGGCCAAUCACAACACGGGUUUUCACCAGAGCGAAUGUUUCACCAGCUUGGUCCAGUGGAGGAGGUUCUAAGCGCCCCCCCCUCAAAGAGGGCUGCGCUUGUAGUGGAAGCGGAGCGGGGGGAGUCACAACACGGCUUUUCACCCGAGGGAACAUUUUGCCAGCGUGGGUCGGCGCUCAUUCGGUGUGGAGAUUGUAGCAGUCCGAGAGCAGAAACUGGGAAUGGAACUGUUGUGCAGAGUGUGCGAGUGGACCUGCAGAGUGUGCGAGUGGACCUUAGACCGGUCCCAUCCCACAUCCAAACCAUAAAUGCAGACAGUACAUCAGUUCACUGUGAGAAUGCUGCGUCUAAUGGGCCCGGAGGGGAGCUUCCUAAAGGGUUUUCCUAUAACGACCUCCGGGAGUCGUGCACUGCCGUAAGAUCAGGAAAUGACAUGUGCUCGUAUAGCACCGAGAGCAUGGGGGAUGCAGCAGGCCUGAUCAGGAGUUGCCGUGUACGGUUGCAGGAGGAUGAUGGAAUCACAAACAGUGGAGAGGAUGUGGAUACAAAGAAUGGUGUGCUUGCUGAAGCACCAGGCUUGGUCUCUGCUAGAGCCCGGCCUUUGGGGUGCCGGAGCAUGCUGCGUAUGGCAAGAGGAAGGGGUGCAGUCCUUGUCCGAGCCAUGGAAUCCUGUUUGCCUGUUAUGGACAGAGAUAUGAGAAAUCAUUUGGAUGCACGAAGGGGAGUUGGAGACCUUGAAGAGAGAUCAACUAGCACAGGAAGUAACCGAGGACAGCUUAGGAGGCCUGAAGAAUCUUCGUGGCCUCUGGAAGCAUCCGGGUCAUUCACCCAAGAGGCUUCUCUUCAGGUACGAGGGCAGCCUCCAGAGGUGUCACUCAGAAGGAAUGUUCUGUUGGGCGAAGAUGCCAGUAGGCUGGGUGGAAUUCCUGAUCAAACCACGGCCAACGUUGAACUCCUGGAAAAUUUGACAAGUAGACUUUACACGAUCAAAUCAACCGCUGAAGACCGCUUCUGGCACACUAACUAACCGUUUGAACACAGCUUAUUGCGUUCUUAAUAUGGGCUCCCACCUGCAACAGGCUACAAUCGUUCGUACAAGUUUACUCUGACAGCCUUUCAUAGCCUGACUGGUGCGAUUCGUGGAAGUCCAAACUCGCAAAUUCACUUUGGUUGAACCAAUUCAGCCCAAUUUGGCGGGAAAUAAUGGGCAAGUUGAAGCAGUUCAGCCCGAUUGUGGUGGGAAAGAAUGGGCCAGUUGAAGCGGUUCAGUCCUGUUUUGGCGGGAAAGAAUGUGGCAGUUGAAGCGGUUCAGCCAGGUUUUGGUGGGAAAGAAUGUGGCAGUUGAAGCGGUUCAGCCCGGUUUUGGUGGGAAAGAAUGUGCCGUUUGAAGCCGUUCAGCCUGAUGUGGUAUGUUCAGGUUGAAGCAGUGCGGCCUGAUUUAGCGGGAAAGAAUGGGCAGGUUGAAGCGGUUCAGCCCGGUUUUGGCGGGAAAGAAUGUGCCAGUUGAAGCGGUUCAGCCCGGUUUUGGCGGGGAAGAAUGUGCCAGUUGAAGCAGUUCAGCCCGAUUUGGGGGGAAAGAAUGUGUGCUGUUUGAAGCUGUUCAGCCCGAUGUGGCUGAAAAGAAUGUGCAAGGUGGCAAUUACGAAUGUCCAAUAUUUUGCCAAAAAAAAUUGUCUUUCACAAAUGGUUGUGCAGCGGACAAUGUGGUGUUAGCGUCCUGUUGCCGUUGAAGAAUGAUGGGACGGAAGGAGGGGCGGUGGGGUGGGGGGUACAGAGAGAGAAGAGGUUCACAGAUUACUAGGCAAGGAAUAACCUGUAAAGUAACCACAGUCGUCUGAUCAGUUAACAAAAGAGGAGGUAGAGCAGGGCAGGGGAAGUUGGGGGGAAGGGGGGAAGGGGGGAAGGGGGCGGAGGGAGAGAGCGUUGGAGACCAAAUGGCAUCAGCCUGCCGGCGCUCGAGUGCUGAGACGUUUCCAUCAGCCCAACCCGGCAGUGACUACAGUCAGGUAUGUCUAGGAAAGUCGUACUGCGCGUACAAAAGUGUGCUGAAGGGGUUUCGGCCGUUCCUGGGAUCGGAAGGGGGCGGAGGGAGAGAGCGUCGGGGAGACCAAAUGGCAUCAGCCUGCCGGCUCUCGAGUGCUGAGACGUCUCCGUCGACCCGACCCGGCAGUAACUACAGUCAGGUAUGUCUAGGAAAGUCGUAGUGCGCGUACAAAAGUGUGCUCAAGUGGUUUCGGCCGUUCCUGGGAUCGGAAAAGAAUUGGCGGGUACCCUCUUGUUUGUGCUGGAACAGUGGUUGCUGUGGGCAAGCGAGACGAACCUUUGGUCGUGAUGGGUUCAUCAGGCAGAGGGAGAGGCUGAGCCAGGGAAAACGUUUGCAGGUGUGAAAUAAUCUUGACCAGAAUGGUGGACGAAGACGCCAAGCACGGCACGACCAUGGUUUGUAUGCACACAGCGUCUGAGACGCCAUAACCUUUAUGCCAUUUUUUUCGCAAUGAUGUUGAGCUUAUGGAAAUUGAAAGCUGUUCUUCACUUUUUCGUGUCGCCUGGAAGCGUUUGUUAACUUUGUUUAUAUUGUGGAGUAUUUGCUGGAUUUCCACACCACUGAUCAGUUUUGCUUUUAGCAAAACUUGGAAGUGUUAGUGGAGGGAGGGGGGGGGAUCUCGCCUAACCUCCUUGUGAAGUUAUAAACGAAGUGUACCCUGAUCAAUCGAUUUAAUGGACCAUACACAGCCUCAAUGCCCGAUAAAAAAAAUAGUCAAUGCUUGCAAGGGUCAUAAUCCGAACAUCGGUGUGUGUCUGUGUGUGUGUUUUAUGUGCUGCAUUCAUUCUUCAGCAGUCUAGCUUUGCACUGAAGCAUAGUUUCAUUCAGGAUAAAGGGAAUUGACAUGA